AACAGAUUUACACAAAACUUCUGUUUUUUUCUUUUUUUGAAACCUAAAGGACGAAACUUUGAGAAAAUGGCAGCAAAAGCAAUUCCAGAGUUAAACAAGUUUCUCUCUUCCCACUAGGGCUAUAUAUUAUGAACCCUAGAUUAUAGACACUGACUCCGAUUUUGGGGAGAAAAAAUGAUGAACAAUGGCUGCGAUGAAGUCUCUCCGCGGUCAGAGAUCGCUCUUCUGGGUAGUGUUGAAACAAUGUUGGAGAAAAUCUACGAGAAACACAAUCAUCGUCUUCCGAUAAGUGUGGAGACAAGGCGAAAACUUUCUUCGAUUUCUGAGGAAUUGGCUCUGGAAACACUUAGGAAAGUUUUCAAUAAGCCGUAUUUGAAGACCCUCGAUGGGUUAAUCAUGUAUUUUGUUAAAGGGACAGUCACUGUUGAUGGCUCUCCACGCCUGAGUCCCGGCGAGUCUCCAGUACAGUCUCCUAGAACUCCUGCCAAAAAAAGUUGCAGGGCUUCUCAAGAUGUGUCUCUUGAUUUGGAAACUCCCUCUCCUAAGUUCAUGAAAAGAGAAGAAAAUGGUGGAUCUAAGUACAUUCCUCCGCUUUUAGCUUUGGGUGAACUUGAAUUCAAGAAGGCGUUUCUGUUGCUUAGCUAUAUUGGAGGGGAAUCCCUUGUUGAGGAGGUUAUAUCUGGUGAUCAGAUCAGAAAAUGGAAGGAUUUGCCAAUGGUUUCAUAUGAAGCAGCGGUUUGGAACCGGUUGGGACAGCGUUAUUGUUCCCCCAAGGAGCGAAGAAGGCCACUUGAAGGGGAUAGUGGGAUGACCCAUUACUAUCAAUGUCAUGUUGCUACCGAUGGUAGUUACAAAUUCAAGGGUCAUCUUCUGGAGAACACUGGAACACACCUGCACAAGGUUUUGGGUGAUGAUAACGUUCUAACUGUCAAAUUUGAUAAAGUGUUAGGCGUGGAAACCUAUUGUAAUGACCUUUACUCUACAUACAAAGGGAUUGCUAAGAAUGGUAUCAUGGUUGGGUUACGCCGUUAUCGAUUUUUUGUUUUCAAAGAUGGAGGGAAAGAAGAGAAGAAGAAAGAUGUUUCUACAAAGGGAGUUAAAUGCUACUUUAUACGCACAGACUCGACAGCUUCAAUUGAUAUGCAAAAUCCCUAUAUCUUCGCCGGAAAGUCAAUGCAUGAAGCACGUAUGCAUUUUAUGCAUGUGAAUACUUUGUCAUCUUUGCCCAACUAUAUGUCAAGGUUUUCUUUAAUUCUGUCAAAGACUAAAACGCUCGAAGUUGACAUGACUGGAAUUACCUUUGAGCAAAUCGAUGAUAUACACUGCCAUGAUCAAGAUGAUAAGGAUGUUCUUGACAAGAAUGGGAAACCUUGUAUACAUUCAGAUGGAACUGGCUACAUCUCUGAGGACCUUGCUCGGAUGUGUCCAGUUAAUAUUUUUAAAGGGAAAUCUAUGAGAAGUAACAAUAUUCAGAGUAAGAAUUUAAAUUUUGAAGGACAGGGACCAUGUGGCCAAGAGCCGCCUCUGCUGAUCCAGUUUCGGAUUUUUUAUAAUGGCUAUGCUGUUAAGGGAACUUUUCUCACAAACAAGAAACUUCCUCCUCGGACUGUCCAGGUUCGACCUUCUAUGAUCAAGGUGUAUGAAGAUCGAACCUUGUCAAAUCUUAGUACCUUUAACUCCUUGGAGGUAGUCACUACAAGUAAUCCACCAAGAAAGGCGAGGCUAUCAAGAAAUUUGGUGGCGCUACUUAGUUAUGGAGGAGUCCCUAAUGACUUCUUUUUGAAUAUAUUGCGCAACACGCUGGAAGAGUCCAAAACCAUAUUCUACAGUGAACGUGCUGCGUUUAAAGCUGCCAUUAAUUAUGGGGACGACCAGUACACUGCAGAUAUGAUCUUGGUUGGUAUCCCUCUUGAUGAACCAUACUUGAAGGAUCGUCUUUCUUAUCUCUUAAAGACAGAGAGGAAUGCUCUCAAAGCAGGAAGGUUUCCUAUUGACGAAUCAUACUAUAUCAUGGGCACAGUGGAUCCCACCGGGGAGCUUAAGGAAAAUGAAAUCUGUGUCAUCCUCCAUUCUGGCCAAAUUUCCGGGGAUGUGUUAGUUUACAGAAAUCCUGGAUUACAUUUUGGAGACAUACAUGUACUUAAGGCUACCUAUGUUAAGGCCUUAGAAGACUAUGUUGGAAAUGCCAAGUUUGCUGUGUUCUUCCCUCAGAAAGGUCCAAGAUCCUUGGGCGAUGAGAUUGCUGGUGGUGACUUUGAUGGCGAUAUGUAUUUCAUAUCCAGAAAUCCCAAGCUACUGGAACACUUCAAGCCAAGUGAACCAUGGGUGAGUUCUUCUAAACCUAGUAAAAUUUACUGUGGAAGAAAGCCAAGUGAACUAUCAGAAGAAGAGUUGGAAGAAGAGCUAUUCAAAAUGUUCUUAAAAGCAAGAUUUUGUAAGAGAGACGUUAUAGGGAUGGCUGCAGAUUGCUGGCUAGGAAUAAUGGACCCUUUCCUCACCUUAGGAGAUGAGAGUGCUAAGGAAAAAUAUGAAAGGAAGAAGAAUAUUCUUAAGUUGAUUGAUAUAUACUAUGAUGCUCUUGAUGCACCAAAAAAGGGGGCUAAGGUUGAUCUCCCGCCCGAUCUAGAGAUCAAAAAUUUUCCACAUUACAUGGAGCGUGACCCUAAGAGAGAUUUCAGGUCCACUUCUAUUCUUGGAUUAAUCUUUGACACUGUGGAUUCUCAUAAUGCAGAGGAACCCCCACCAUCUGAAAUCAGUAAACUCUGGUAUUUUGAAGAUGAACCGGUCCCUAAGUCUCACAUGGAUAAAUUUACAUCCUGGUACGAGAAUUACCGAAGUGAAAUGUCCCAAGCGAUGAUGGAAACUGAUAAGGUUAAGAGGAAUCAAUUAACCAAUGAAGUUAUCCAGAGGUACAAGCAGGAUUUCUAUGGCGCUGCAGGGUUUGAAGACAGCAAUAAAAGUCUGGAAGAACUCUACCCCCAAGCCUUGGCACUCUACAACGUCGUUUACGAUUAUGCCAUUCAGGAAGGUGUUGCGAAAUGUACAUUUGCCUGGAAUGUUGCAGGACCGGUCCUGUGCAAAUUUUACCUUAAGAAAACGAAGGAUAAAUCAGUAGUGGCUUCAACGUCUGUGCUUAAAAAGCUUUUGGGUUGAACAGACUUACUUGUCCUGUUUGUUGUCUUCAUGUAUCAUAAGAUGCGUUAGACAAGUAUCUGACCUAGGUAACCGAACUUAUAGGCGAAGCUAUGUGGUGUACUUCCUUUGUUUAAGUUAUAACUUAAGAUUUGUCAUCUAGUGUACAAGUAAUUCCGUGUGUAUGUUUGCUUAUGGAAUAAAUAAAGAAAACUAAUGCUUAUAUUUAAUUUCAA